AACAGGAGGAAGAAGCACUCUCACACGUGUUGCUUCACUGAAGUGUCAACAUGGGCAAAAGAAAGCAGAAUAAGCAGGUUCUAACUAACUUAUCCAAAAAACAGAAAAAGCAUUUGAAGGAAUUUGGAGAGGAGCACCCGUUUCACGAUGUAGUUAAUGAAAGACCUGAAAAAACUGAAAUAGUGGAACUGCCAUCAAGUCCAGAACAAUCUGAUACAGAGCCCGAUGAGCUGGAAGAAGAGGAGGAGGAAGCAGAGCAGAAAACAGCCUAUCAAAAACUUCUUUCAACUCUCAGCCAACCCACAGGUGAAGCUCAGAGUGAAGAAGAGGACAGCACAGAUGAUGAAGAAGAGGAAGAAGAGGAGGAGCUUCUUGGUGAAGAUUACAGUGACGUUGAGGAUGGAAGUGAGGAUGGUGAUGAAGAGAAAGGGGGAGAAAUGGAUCCUGCAGAUGGGGAGGAAGUUUUGGUGGAAGCAGGAGAAGGGGCAGAUGAGAGGAAGGAGGCAGGUGAUGAUGAGUUUGUAGACAAAGAACAUGAGUCCCAAUUCUGUCUGGAGAACAACUUCACGGGGAAAGGAGAACAGGAGGGAAUGCAGGAUGAAGAUGAAAAAGAUUUGUUUAUACAACAUUUGGACACAGAUCUUGAUGAAGAGGAUGUGAAGAAGAUAACAUCAGGCUGCAAAUCAAAGACUCAGAUUGCGUGGCCAAAGCUGGGAACUCUGCUCUGCACUAACCCCCUGGAGAAGUUUGGCCCUGUUGGACCUCAAAAAGACACAACCCUCCCAGUUUUCCACAAACUUGUGGAGACUCGCUGGAAGGAUCUGAACCAGACCCUCAAUCCUAAAGGGAAGGCUGAAGAGAUCAGUCCUCUCCAGCUGGAGCUGCUGGCCCUCAUGGGCACCUACAAGGAUCUGUACUACCCAGAGACAUGUCCUCUCAAACAGGGACCACAUGUGCGCAGUGCUUACUGCCUCCAUGUGCUCAACCAUGUACUGAAGGCCAAUUCCCGUGUCCUGGCUCACAACACACAACUGAAAGAGCGGAAAAGUAGGUCUAAAGCUGGAACCGAGCCUCAGGAUGAACUACGAGACCAGGGACUGACCCGGCCAAAGGUCCUGAUUCUCGCCCCAUUUCGGGGCAGCGCCCUGCAAGUCAUCCAUACGCUCAUCACCCUGCUGGAGACAAAAGGCAAGAAAGUGAUGGUCAGCAACAAGAAGAAGUUCAAGGAAGAGUUUGGAGAGGAGACAGACGAGAAGCCACCCAAUUUGCGGAGACCAGAUGAUUAUAACGCUAUCUUUACAGGCAACGUGGACGAUCACUUCAGGAUAGGUGUCUCCAUUUUGAAGGGCAGCAUGCGUCUCUAUGCCCCCUUCUACUCGUCAGACAUCAUCAUCGCGUCUCCAUUGGGCCUUCGCACUGUGCUGGGAGCAGAAGGAGAACGCAAGAGAGACUUUGACUUCCUGUCCUCUAUCGAGCUGCUGGUCGUGGAUCAAGCAGACAUCUUCCUCAUGCAGAACUGGGAGCAUGUGCUGCAUGUGAUGAAGCACAUGAACCUGCAGCCGCUGGACUCCCACGGUGUCGACUUUUCCAGAGUGAGGAUGUGGAAUCUGAACAACUGGGCCGGACACUACAGGCAGACGCUGGUUUUCAGCUCCAUUCAGGACCCGCAGAUCAACAACAUCCUCUCCAAACACUGCUCCAACUACCGCGGACAGAUUGUCAUAAAGAACAUACCGAGAACAGGUUCCAUCUGCCAGGUCCUGGUUCAGCUGCCUCAUGUGUUCCAGAUGUUUUCCUCUGACAGCUUCAUGGACCACGAUGCUCGGUUUCAGUAUUUUGUAGACAAAGUGCUGCCUCAGUACAGGGAUUCGGUCAUGUCCCACACUCUGAUCUACAUCCCGUCUUACUUCGACUAUGUUCGGCUGCGUAACUACAUGAAGAAAGAGGAGAUGAACUUUGCCAGCAUCUGCGAGUAUUCCAGCAAAUCGGAAGUGUCCCGAGCCCGCCAUUUUUUCCAAAAGGGGGAGAAGCAGUUCCUGCUCUUCACUGAGCGCUUUCACUUCUACAAGAGGUACACAAUCAAAGGGAUCCAGAACCUGAUAUUUUACGGCUUGCCCUCCUUCCCGCACUUCUACAGUGAGGUGUGUAACAUGCUGGCAGCGGAGAGUCAGGGGGAGGAGGCCAGCUGGACCUGCACAGCCCUCUACUCCCGCUAUGACACCUACAAACUGGCAGCUAUCACCGGAGCACAGCGAGCAGGACAGAUGCUGAACUCCAACAAGGCUGUUCACCUCUUUAUCACAGGAGGGGAAGACAAAAAUAUUUGAGACUGGAUGGAUAUGAAAAGGACCACUGAAGUUAAUUUAGCAUAGAUUAUCUACUGUGCUUAAUAAACAGGAAAGUUUCCACACACGCCAGGAAUAAAACACGUUUGUUGUUGCGGCUGGAGCCGUAAUUUGAGGAGACAUAAAACAUUCCUUUGGUUUGUAAAUAAGAUCAUUAAAUGGUCACUGAUAAGAUAAGAGUUGGAUGUUUAUUAUUAAAAAAAAGUUUCCUUACCUUUUAUUUGAUUAAAGUUCAUGUGUGGCAAUAUCUAACCAAACAUGGUCCUGAAGU